CGCGCCUCCCACCGGAGGCGACCCGGCGGCGCCGGCGGAUCCCGAGCUCCCCAGGCUCACGGUGACGCAGGUGGAGCAGAUGAAGGUGGAGGCCAGGGUUGCCGACAUCUACCGCAUCCUCUUCGGGGCUGCGCCCAACACGAAAUCCGUCAUGCUAGAGCUGUGGCGUGAUCAGCAUAUCGAGUACCUGACACAUGGGCUGAGGCAUCUCGGGCCAGCCUUUCAUGUUCUCGAUGCCAAUCGCCCAUGGCUGUGCUACUGGAUGGUUCAUCCACUUGCUUUGUUGGAUGAGGUACUUGAUGAUGAUCUCGAGGAUGAUAUCGUGGACUUCUUAGCUCGAUGUCAGGAUAAAGAUGGUGGAUAUGGCGGUGGACCUGGGCAGUUGCCUCAUCUAGCUACGACUUAUGCUGCUGUAAAUACACUUGUGACUAUAGGGAGCGAAAGGGCACUGUCAUCAAUAAAUAGGGAUUACCUGUACAAGUUUAUGCUUCGGAUGAAAGAUGAAUCGGGUGCUUUCAGAAUGCAUGAUGGUGGUGAAAUUGAUGUUCGGGCUUCCUAUACUGCUAUAUCGGUGGCCAGCCUUGUAAACAUUCUCGAUGUAGAACUGGCAAAAGGUGUUGGUGAUUACAUAGCAAGAUGUCAAACUUAUGAAGGUGGUAUUGCUGGGGAGCCUCAUGCUGAAGCUCAUGGUGGGUACACGUUCUGUGGAUUGGCUGCUUUGAUCCUGCUUAAUGAGGCAGAGAAACUUGACUUGCCUUGCUUGAUCGACUGGGUGGCAUUUCGUCAAGGAGUGGAAUGUGGAUUUCAAGGACGAACUAAUAAAUUGGUUGACGGUUGCUACUCCUUUUGGCAGCUGUCGAUUAUGCAAAGUUUGGAUUUGAUUUUAUACAACGGAGCAACCAAAUUGGCCCACUGUUCCACAACAUUGCCCUGCAACAAUACAUCCUGCUUUGUGCUCAGGUUCUAGAGGGAGGAUUGAGGGAUAAGCCUGGAAAGAACAGAGAUCACUACCACUCGUGCUACUGCCUCAGUGGCCUCUCAGUUAGCCAGUACAGUGCCAUGACUGAUUCUGAUUCAUGCCCCUUACCGCAGCAUGUGCUGGGCCCAUACUCCAAUUUGCUGGAGCCCAUCCAUCCACUCUACAAUGUUGUAUUGGACAAAUACCAUACGGCCUAUGAGUUCUUUUCACAAGAGUGAUGGUGUGAAAUUUUAGAGCAAAGUUGGCUAGGGCAAAUAUCUGACGGUAUUGUUUGCACGGAUACUAUUGGCCCCAAGUAUUGUGACAUUAUAUUUCCGGUAUGCAUACCUUGGUCAUGUUCUAUGAGGCUAUAAUUGUAGGCUUGGUCAGGCACAUUGUCUGGUUUUGAUGUCAUCUCAAUUUCUGUUACUAGCGUUUUUUUUAGUAUUGGUGUAUUGCCUGGUUUUGACUUUUGA